AUGACUGUCGAUAUCCUCUCAUGGCUGCGCCAGGUCGACAAUACUGCAUAUCCUCACAACCUCGACCCAGCGAAACCACCAAAAGCGACACGAUCGUCUCGCAAGCGACAGCGCAGCUACAGCUCGACCAGUUCCGAUCAUAUACCAAUCUCUAAGCCUACUGCGAAUGAGUUUAUACAUCCGACGCCACCUCCAGACUCUCCGACAAUACCCAAAGCAGCUGCCGAUAUGGCACCAACUAAGAAACGAAAGACUACCAAGGGUGUCGUCCCAAGUCCAAGUCCAAACGAUGCGCAAUUCGACGAUGAAGGGGAACAAGAAAAAACUCCCAGACCUUUACGGAGCGUGCAUCUCCCCAGCGAUACAUCGUCCAUGUCCUCCGCGAGCGGUCGGUCUGGUGCUUCAUCCCCGCGAAAGCAAUUAGCAGUCAUGGCCUUAUCCUCUCACGGCGUUGAAACGCGCGCCAUGUCUGAUCCUUCAGGUCUUCCACCAAGCUUAGCAGAAAUGCGAACGAAGUUAUUACAGUUCAGUCGAGGACGGGGGAUUCUGGGAGAGAAUGGGCUGGAGAGUAUACAGGAUGAGACAGCUGCGAGGGCGCUGCAUCCAGACAUGGCUGCUAUGUACGAGGAUAAAGAAUUCUGCUGCUCUGCACGUCGCGAUGAAUUGGGGGUUACACCGAGUCCUGAGGAUGUGGUGUAUAUCCUUGAGUGCGCGGGCGAUUGUCUUCGUAUGGGGAGGUCUGAGGCAGCGUGGAAUCAUGAGGUUCACUUCCCUCUGCUCUGCUUGGCGCUUCGGAACCGAUCGAAGGGUGCGUUCCAGCGGCUUGUCAACGUGACAUCUUGUUCAUCUGCUUCCAUCAUCCCCGACUACCGCAUCCGUUUCGCGCCCGACAAAAAGAUCGACUUUUGCGUCUACCUCGAUCCUCACCACGAUCCCAACGAUUCAAACAUCGCCAGCACCGUCGAUACCGUUCGCGCCCGUCUUCCCGGCCUGUCAAUAAACCCCACAGACGAUUUAUCGCUAUUGAGCAAUCCAAUCGCCAUUCCCAUCGAGACUAAGCGUCCCGGCGAAGGCCUGGACACUGCCAACCUCCAAGUCGCAACGUUUCUAACAGCCCAUUUAACACUUCUACAACGACUCGUUGACGCUGGCGCCUCUGUGCCUGUUGACGAUGGAGACACGGCGCCUUCAGUUGAUGAUCUGGGCUUUUUGCCUGGAUUGAUCGUGCAGGGAAAUACAUGGAACUUUAUCGCAGCGAGUCGUCAAGAUUCUCGAACCAUUAUCUGGUCAGAGACUUCGCUCGGUUCGACGGGCGAUAUUUUCGGUAUCUACCAAAUCGUCGCAUCAUUGCAAUUAUUGCGACGAUGGGUUGAUACUACAUACUGGCCCUGGCUACGACGCGUUACGACAAGAGCUGCUACAGCUAUUCAAUUACGCGAUAACCCAGCUGGAUGA